GUCAGCUCUGAGCUCCGGUCCCAAACACGCGGAACACGAGCGAAGCGCCCGCGGAGGAUGAAGCUGCUCUGCGUGUUCCUCUCUCUGGGGCUGUGGAGCCGCGCUGCUCAGGUCCACCGCAGUGCUCUGAAUGAUUUCCAGAGGUCGGAGGGGAGAGAGCUGGUUCUGAAGUCCUGGAACGCGGAUCGUCUGACGCUGCUGCCCGGCAUCACCCUGGAGGAGUGCGCCAAGCGCUGCUCACAAAGCCUGGACUGCAGAGCUUUCAACUAUGAGUUUCGCCCGUCUGUGAUCUGUAAGCACCUGCCCUGGGUGGACGAUGGAGACAACGCAGAGGUGAAGAGAAACGUCAACUGUGAUCUGUACGAGAUGAAAGUCUAUGUGAGGAAGUGCAUUGUGGGUAAAGGAGAGGACUAUCGGGGGAAGGUGUCUAAGACCCAGAGUGGGAAAACAUGUCAGCAGUGGUGGUCAAAGUUCCCUCAUGAUCACAGAUGGACCCCCUCACCCACUAACGGCCUGGAGCUGAACUACUGUCGUAACCCGGAUGGAGACCGAAUAGGACCCUGGUGCUACACCACAGACCCCGAGCGCAGAUAUGAGAGCUGUAAUAUCCCCCUCUGCAAAGACGAGGUGUGUAUCAACUGUAACGGAGAAGACUACAGGGGGCAGGUUGAUCACACAGUGAAUGGACGGGAGUGCCAGAGGUGGGAUCAGCAGUAUCCUCAUCAACACAUCUAUCAACCGGAGAAGUAUCCUGAUAAGAGCCUGGAUGAUAAUUACUGCCGGAAUCCUGAUGCCUCCCCUGUGCCCUGGUGUUACACCACUGACCCGGAUGUGGAGAGGGAGAACUGUGACAUCCGCAAGUGCUCGGGGAUCCCGAAGCGCCGCCUGCGCCCCAGCUACACCACUAACUGUUUCCGUGGCCGGGGGGAGGAUUACCGAGGAAAAGUGAACGAGACAACUUCAGGAAUCGCCUGCCAGAAAUGGGAUGCACAGUUCCCCCAUGAGCACCCAUUCUAUCCCCACACCUAUGAGUGCAAAGGACUGGAGGAGAACUACUGCCGUAACCCAGACGGAUCUGAGGCCCCGUGGUGCUUCACGUCUCUGCCUGAGAUGAGGACGGCUCUGUGUCUGCAGAUCAAGCGCUGUGCUGACGACAUCGAGGCUGAGGAUUGCUAUCAUGAGAACGGCAAAAAUUACAGAGGAAUCGUCCGCAAAACCCGGAAGGGGAUCAUCUGCCAGAAGUGGAGCGCCAACACACCACAUCAGACUAAAAUAAACCCAAAGACUCACCCAGAUGCUAACCUGACGGAGAACUACUGCAGGAACCCUGAUGGAGAUCUGCACGGGCCCUGGUGCUACACCACCGACCCCAAGACUGAGUUUGAUUACUGUGCAAUCAAGCAGUGUGCUGGAGAGAAAGUACCUAUAAUGAGACCAGCAGAGCCUGUAGUGUUUAAUGAGUGUGGGAAGCGUGAUGACCGUAUGCUAAAGAGCAGACUGAGGAUUGUGGGCGGCACACCUGGAAAUUCUCCCUGGACCGUCAGCCUCAGAGACAGGAAAGGGAAGCAUUUCUGUGGAGGAUCUCUGGUGAACUCUAAAUGGGUGAUCAGCACCAAACAGUGCUUCUCCUCCUGUUAUGUGGACCUCACAGGGUAUGCUGCUAUGAUGGGUACUCUGUUCCAGAACCCAAAGGAAGGAGAACCAGGCAAACAGACCAUUCCUCUUAACAAGAUCGUCUGUGGACCUUCAGAAUCUCACCUGGUCCUGCUGCAGCUGGAAACUCCUGCUGAGUUUAAUGAGCGCGUGUCACAGAUAUGUCUUCCCCCCGAACGCUACAUAGUACAGGAGGGAACCGUUUGUGAGAUUGCUGGCUGGGGGGAAACCAAAGGAACGGGGGAUGAGUCUGUGCUGAAUGUGGCUCAGAUGCAAGUGCAGAGUAACAGCGAGUGUAACAAGUACUUUAAAGGUCGUGUGAGGGAUAAUGAGAUGUGCACGACUCCGUUCUCCGGUGGAGUCGGAGCGUGUGAGAAAGACUACGGCGGCCCCCUGGCCUGUCAGAACAGCGACUGCUGGGUCCUAGAGGGAGUCAUCAUCCCCAUGCGGCGCUGUGGACACCCCGGCCAGCCCAACAUCUUCAUCCGAGUGUCCCUCUACGUGGACUGGAUCAAGAAGGUCAUGGAGAUGGCGUAGCCAAAGAUAAAUAAUCGUUUCUCGUGCACCACAGCCUGCGAUUCACCAUCAGAUAAAAGCAUGGUGCAGGGAGCAUCAGCGGUGCCACAAAAGUACCAAGUCUUCUAACUGAGUCACUGUAGAAAACGUGACUGUAAAUUAUUAUCAGUGAAAGUAAGCAUACUCAGUUUCAUAGAGAGUAGAUUGACUGAUUAUAUUUCUUUAGAAAUGGGACUUCAGUUGAUGCCUGGCAGUUUGUGAUAGAACAGAUAUAUAGUUUAUAAGGAAAAUGUUUUAAUUAUAUGUGUAAUAUAACUAUAUUUUGACUUUCUAAAGCUAAACCUUUUUAUCCUUUACUAUGGUUUUAUUCUUUACCAACUUUCUCAAAGAGUACAGGACCUUUCUAUACGCAGCUCAUAUACAGCAUUAUUUUUGUAUUGGAAAAGUAUUAAUAUGGUAUCAGAGCAAAUGUAGCUUAUUAAAGAUUAAAUAUCUUAAACUGUAUUAGUAAAUUGCUUUUGUAAAUGUACUCUGCUGCUGAUUAACUGAAUACACUUUUCCAUUCUUAACUAAAA